AUGAGCCGAUGGCGCCGCAGCGCUGCGACAGAGGCGCCCCUUGCAGCACUGGGCGAGGCGCCCGGCCCCGUGGUGCAAGAAGGCGAAGCAGGUGGCGCAGGCGCUGGCAGCCGCUGGUCGCGGCCAAGCGCAGCCGCCACUGCCGUUGGUAUGGCGACAGAGGCAGCUCCCAGUGGCAGGAGCCUGAACUUCCAGAGUUUUGUUGACCUGGCUGGCUCUCGGAUGCCUGUCUUGGGCCUGGGCACGCGGCAGUUGAAAGGCGCCGAGUGUCGCGAGGCGGUGAAGUGUGCGCUGCGUUGUGGCUACCGUUUGAUUGAUACCGCUCCCGGCUUUGGCAAUGAAAAGGUGGAGCACGAAAUCGAGAUUUCUCAGGGCAUCCGUGCGGCGGGCUUGAAGCGCGAGGACGUCUUUCUUGUGAGCAAACUUCCGCCCUCCGAGCAUGGAGACGACCUGGAAGAUACCUUGAAAUCAUCCCUGGAACGUCUGGGCACUUCCUUUAUCGACCUGUACCUCAUUCAGAGCCCCAAGGGUGGCAGCAUCAUUUGGACCUGGGAUGCUAUGCUCCAAUUACGCGAGAGAGGCCUCGCUAAAGCCGUGGGGCUCUGCAACUUCAGCGUCGCGCAGCUCGAAGCGCUGCAGAGAACGGGACGGGAAUUGCCACAGGUCCUACAGGUGGAGCUGCAUGUGGCUAACCAACAGAAGGAGCUUUGUGCCUUCUGCCAGCAGCACGGCAUCGUUCUGAUGUCCAGCUCGCCCCUGGCGCGCGGCCAGCUGCUCCGAACUUCGGAGCUGCAGCAGCUGGCCUUCCAGCGGCGCCGCAGCUCGGCGGAGCUGGCGAUCCGCUGGGGGCUGCAACGAGGUGCGCGUGGGCUUUUUUUGGGCCAGAUAUUUCCAGAUACCUGGUGA